AUGAUUAUGAUCAUUGGCGGUCUCUGUGGAAUCUUUCUUAUCUCUGCUGCCUUGCUCAAUGUCUACCCUCUCGGCCAGCACAGCCCCUCACUGGGCAAAGCAGACAAUACCCAUGUUAAUCCUUUCGAGGCCGAGAACAUGGCACUUAAGGAACAACAUUGUCAAGCAUGCGAAUAUCAAAAGGUGACCACAUCAACAAUUCAUACUCUCCGGGUUCAGAAGGCGGUAUUGAAGGAACAGAACCACCUUGAUCACAGGUGCUACCAUGCUCGACUAGAGAAGCAAGAAUCUCAGGCAAUAGAAGCCAAGAUCAAAGAACGCACAAGGAGAGCGAUGGAGGAUGAAUAUGCCAAGAUCACUGCUUCCUAUCAUUUAACCCUCGCUUCUCACGAGCACACUAUCAAGGACAUAUCCGACAAAUUGGCCAACAGUGAGGAGACUUGGGAACAGCAGAAAGCUCACUACAACGACCAAAUCAAGGCAGUUCUUGCAUCUUUCAACUUGGCGACAGACUACAAGCGUCAAGUGGACCAACUUAGAACGGAGCUUUGCUGCACUCAACUGUCAUUAAUUGCUCUCCAGUCAUCCAUUAUCACUUGA